UGAAAGCAUUUAGUUAGGUCUCUCAUUGGUGAAUUAAAAACUAUUUUCUCGAACUUUAUAUUGUUAUCAAAUCAAUAAAAUAUCUAUUGGAAUAAAUAUGUGUUAGAAUGUAUACAUUUUUGGAAUUUAUCUAUCACUGGCGCUAAAGUAUACAGAAUGUGAGUGUUAGAAAAGAAAUGGAAUAUAAUUUAGAGAUAAAAUAGUGCUACAAGAAUCUCCACAAAAAUAUACUUCAACUUCUCCUUAAAUUACCAUAAACACCAUGAAACAUUUCACUAUCAACAACUCACUCUAUAUUAAUUCGUGUCUGAUAAUCGCUGUUGGACUGAUGUUUGGAAUGGUUGAUACUGACCAAAUCUCGAUAGGAGACGAGAAUAGCGUAAUUCUGGGUGGUUUAUUUCCUGUUCAUACAAACGGAAUUUCUGAAAAGGAACCAUGUGGGGAGAUUCUUCUUGAAAAAGGAAUACAACGUCUAGAAGCAAUGCUAUACGCAAUCGAUCAAAUAAAUCAGAAUAGAACCUACUAUCCGUUUCGAUUGGGUGCUAUUAUUGUAGAUACUUGCUCUUCUGAUUCAUACGCUUUACAACAAUCAUUGCAAUUCUUGGAAACUGCAAGUAUUACUAAUUGCACUAGAUGUAGGAAAGUAAAAGCAGUCGUUGGUGCGGCGAAUAGCGCUGUUUCUGAGGCAGUGGCUACCAUUUUUCGAUUAUUCAAAAUUCCUCAAGUCAGUUAUGCUUCCACAAGUAAAGAAUUUGAUGACACACACAAGUAUCCUUACUUCUUUCGAGUUGUACCUUCAGAUGCAUAUCAAAUCAAAGUCAUUUUAGAUAUUCUUAUUGAAUUUAAAUGGACAUUUGUGUCUACCGUAGCUUCGAAAGGAGAAUAUGGUGAAACUGCUAUUGAAAGUCUUAAAGAUCUAAUAAGCAAUUCCACGAAUAACGACAUAUGUUUUGCUGCAAAAGUAAUAUUAGAAAGAGAUCCCACCGAUGACAAUUACGAUGAUGCAGUUCGCCGCCUUUCCUUGCAUGAAGAAGCUAAAGUAGUGAUUGUUUUCUUGAAUGAAGAUAAAAUAAACCACUUGUUAGAUGCAUGCCAUAGAUACAGAAUAAGUGAAGAUAGAUUCAUUUGGAUAGGAAGUGAUGGAUGGGGUGCCAAAGAUAGAGUGGUUAAGGGAAACGAACAUCUUGUUAAGGGGGCAAUUACUAUUUUGCCAAAACGAUAUCCCAUUGAUGGAUUUGAUGAAUAUUUCACAUCGUUGACUCCUGAAACAAAUACUCGUAAUCCUUGGUUUGAAGAGUUUUGGGAAACACAAUUCAACUGCCAGUUCAAUACGAUGGAUACUACGUCAACAAUAAAAUGUACAGGCAAAGAAGACUUGAAAGCAAACUACAAACAAGAAGGUCUUGUUCCGAUGGUCAUAGAUGCUGUGUACUUAUUAGCAGAAGCAACCAAAACAAUUUGCUCAGAAGACACCAAAUUCUGCAGUUAUGCAGGAUCAACCCUCUAUGAAUACAAAAUGCGGUUGAAGGAAACACUUUUAAACAUUAAGAUGCCGAGCAAGCAAGGACAUGAUAUGGAAAUUAGCUUUGAUUCAUCUCGAAGUAUUCCUGUUAACUACACAAUUUAUCAGUAUCAAAAAGUUGCUGGAUUAAAUGACAAAUAUGAAUAUGUUCCUAUAGGAGAAUGGGACAAAAAUAGAAGACUUAGAAUUCAAGAAUAUCCAGUGUGGACAGUUAGUCCGGAUGCAGCAGAGAGGCCUCCUUUGUCCAGGUGCAAUGAAGAGUGCGAAAGAGGAGAAGAACGCAUUCUUCCUCGUGAACAUCCUAAUAGACGUUGCUGUUAUACUUGUAGGCCAUGUAAAGAUUUGCAUUAUUUACCAAACCCUUACAGCCCUUGCUUAGAAUGUCCUAAAGGACAUAUUGCCUCACCUGAUAAGUCAGCAUGCAUGGAAAUUGUACCAAGAUACCUUGGAGAAGAACUGAGCAGUCCGUGGCCUUUGGUGCCUUUAGUGUUUUCAAUUCUCGGCUUAAUUUCCACAUUUAUCGUUAUCAUCAUUUUCUUCACGCAUCAUACCACUCCAGUUAUCAUGGCUUCCGGCAGAGAGUUGUGCUAUAUCAUACUAGUUGGAAUAAUUUUUUGCUACAGCUAUACAUUUAUAAUACUUCUAAAGCCUACAACAAUUACUUGUGGAAUUCUACGAGUUGGAAUGGGCCUAGGCUUAUCAAUAUGCUACUCUGCAAUAUUCAUAAAGACAAACCGUUUGUCAAGGAUAUUUGAAGUUAGCUUGAGGAUAACAAAAAGGCCUUCCUACAUAAGCCCAGGAUCCCAAAUCAUCAUAUGUAUGUGCUUGAUUCUCAUACAAAUUACAUUAACAACUCUUUGGCUUAUCGUCAGACCUCCAGACAUUGCAGAUCACCCAUUUUCUAAUUCAAGAAUGAUUGUCUGUGGAUUCGACAGUCUCUCCGUUUUCAUCGGUCUUCUCUACAAUAUGAUUCUUAUAGUUCUCUGCACAGUGUACGCCUACAAAACCAGAAAUCUACCAGAAAAUUUCAAUGAAAGCAAAUGUAUUUCCUUCACCAUGUAUUCUUCGUGUAUAGUAUGGUUGGCCUUCGUACCAAUUUAUUACAGUGCAAAGGAAUACAAAGUACAAUCUACUAUAUUAUGCAUGUGUGUCAGCCUUAGUGGAACUAUAACUCUAGCUUGUCUAUUCCUGCCUAAAAUUUAUGUAGUGCUCUUUCAGCCAGAAAAAAAUAUUCGAUACAAUAGUUCUUCAGGAAACACAGGUACUGAUGAUACUCGUAGUGCUUCGCCGGCGGUACGUUUCUUGCGUAGCGCUCCUUCCUUAUCAGGACAAGCAACUCAACAUAAAGAAAAAACAAACAAGUCCACUCAUAAAUAAAUGCCUUUCAUUUCAAAAAGAUUUGACGGAAUUAUUUACCAACGGAUUUUCAUCGAGGUUUGGAAUUUGCAACGAGGCUAUUAAACGUCUUCAAAUAAAACCUGUAAGUAUUAUUUGAAGGAUGUAAAAUUAGAUCAGGCUCAAAUUCUCACCAGACCAUUAUUGAAAUAUCUAUUUUUGGACUUCUAAAUAAAACUGUUGA